UUCUCGUCACGGAGAUCCGACACCACAACUUCGACGCCAUCCGCUUCGCCUCCUACAGGACCGCCGCCAAGCUGCGCUUCGUCCAGAAAAAGACCAACAUGCAUCUGGUAGACAUCUGGAACAUCAUAGAAGCAUUUCGGGAAAAUGGAUUGAACACUUUAGAGCCUUCUACAGAGGUCAAAGUGUCUCGACUGGAGACCCUCAUCUCAACGCUGUACCACAGUCUCAACAAGCGGCUUCCAGUAGGGCAACACAUAGUCAUUGAUUCCUCGACUUCUGUUCUUCUGAACUGGCUUUUGUCUGCUUAUGACAAGGAAAAUGAGGGAAAGCUAAGAGUUUUUAGCGUAAAGGUAGCAUUGGCAACACUGUGUAAUAGCAAACCCCUCGACAAACUCAGGUAUGUGUUCUCUCAGAUAUCGGACAGCAAUGGACAUCUUGCACUUACGCGCUUUUCAGAGUAUUUGCAGGAAGUCCUUGCUCUGCCUGCAGCUGUGUUUGAAUCUCCGAGCUUUGCUUACUCUGACAAUUUAGCAACACACAUUUUUGAUGGGGUGAAACGAAUCAAUGUUAACGACUUCUUAGAGGUGGUUCUUGAAGACCCUGGACCCGAAUGUCUGGCUUGGCUGCCUCUCCUGCAUCGUCUUGCAGCAUCCGAGUCAGAUUCUCAGUGGGCUGUUGAACUGAUAGAUGAUGACUUUGUUAAUGAGUUUAUUCAUCAGACCAUGUGUGAUGGCUGCAGAAGGGAAAACUUCUCUGGACUGCGCUAUAAAUGUGAAAAGUGCCACAACUACAGCAUGUGUCAAGAAUGCUUUUGGCUGGGAAGGUUCUCACCCCCUCACUCUAUUCAUCACCAAGUCAAGGAGUACACAGCUUUUACUCCAACACGGCACUCUUUUCGGCGCAGUCUGAAGUGUGUUCCUGACAGACCUUCUGUAGACAGACCAAGAUUUCCAGAAAUGCCAGAGAAGACUCUAAAUCUUUCUCAUAUUGUGCCCCCUUCACCUCUUCCAUCACACAACGGCUUUGAGGGGGGAGCCUCAGCACCGAUACCUACCUCCUUAGAAAGUCGGUCUUCCAGUAGAAGUUGUGUCAGCAGCUUGCCAGACUGGAGUCAGUUGGAUGAGGAGCAUCGACUUAUUGCUCACUAUGCUGCUCGUCUUGCAAACCAGACCUCCCUUUCUGGAAGUGAAAGUGUGGACUCAAGCCCUGGCUUUGAUGCAUCUUCUGCUCAGCGAGAUCUGAUCUUGUCACUGGAAGCAAAGAAUAGGGAAAUUAUGAAGGAAAUUAAUAUUCUAAGGAACAGAGUGUAUGUUUGCAGGCAGCAGCAGGAAAGAGCUGAGGGCAGCAGUAAUCCUACAUUGGUGGCAGAGCUUCGUGCUUUGCGGUCUCAUCGACAUGAGCUGGAGUCUAACUUGUCUUACCUGCAAGAUUCACGCAAGCAGUUGAUGCAGCAACUCGAGGGGCUUAUGAAGAUGCUCAAAAACCGCCAGACCUCACCCACUACCCCCAAUGGCUCCCCCAAGUCUCCCCCUCUCUCCUCGGGGGGAACAGUGGGUAGUGGCAGCAUUAUGACUCACCUGCCUGGGGGCACGCAGGGGUCCACGUCUUCCUCCCGCUCAGCUCCCCCCACACCCUCACACACGCCGCAGGUUUCCACACUGGACUCCCUUUCCUCGUUACACGUGGAUGGACUGCAGUCGGCUGUGUCUUCAGAGGUUCAAGUUGCACUCCAGACAACUCUCCAGAUGAUGAUGAUAGUUUGGCCUCUCGCAGCUUAAGAAAUGAUCUCCUGGUAGCAGCUGAUUCAGUCACCAAUGCAAUGUCUAGCCUUGUAAGGGAGUUGAACUCAGGUAGGUGCUGGAAAUUCUCUAACGGCCACACUACUGCAGAAGUGGUGUGAGUGAUGAAAAGUAAAUUAUCGUGCUAGUCAUUUAGCAUUUGUCAAUGGUUAUAGCUGUGUGUUGAUUAAGUGUUACGCUGUAUCUUGCAGAGAACGUUAUGAUGAUGAAUUCAAGGUAGUUGUUCUA